GCAAGAAUUUUAGUCUGAUAAAGAAGCCCUAAGCUACAGAAUGAAGCUUUUAUUUACGUUAAUUUUAUGCAUUUGGAUGCAGCUAGCGAGCAGCGUAACAUAUAAUGAUUGGAAGCUGGCGAUUCAAAUCGAUGCUAUGAUCAAAGCUGAAUUGGAAAAUAUCAAAGGGUUUGUCUACGGCAAUUCUGAAUACAAAGGUUGGCAUAGUUAUCUGAUUGAAGCACUUGCAAUGGGCCUCGAACACAAUCAAAAGAAGUUGGCGAAUCUGCAGUCAUACCAAAAGUAUAACUCGACCAGAUUAGAUCUAGAGAACCAACUGUGGCGGCUUUGCAGUGAUCUGCAACUAAAAAUUAGGGGAUACUGUUAUCAAUUCUAUCGAACACUGCGCGAUGAUGCUGUUCGGUACCUCAAGAAAUCAAAUUCAGAUAAAGCCUCAAUAAUUCAUAAAAUUCAACAUAUAAAAUGUGAUAAAAUGCAGGCGGGUAAAGAGGAGGACUAUGCUUAGUGAAACCAAUUUGGGAGACGAUCCUGAUGAAGUAUUCGCCUGAACUGGUGCUGUUUAAAAACCUUCAAAUAUCAGAAACAUUAUCAAAUAUAUGUUUAAAUAUG